GGCGGGCCCGGUGCGGGGGGACGGCGGGCGGCUGCUGGUUCCCGUUACAGUCCCUAUGGGCGGGCUCGCCCCGUGACUCGGCGGAUCUGGGGUGGGCCUGCGGAUGGGCGAGCGCGGAGACGCGGGUUUGCGGCUCCCGGGGUUACACGGGGGAAGAGGAGGGGUUGCGAAUGUGCAGGGACGAGCGCCUCAGCCUCCGCCGGUACUGCGGCGGUAGAUGCGUCAGAGAUGUCCAGCAAGUUGAAGAGCCGUCCUGCUGAAAAUGUAGAGCAUCCCAAGAGAAAAAUGGAGAAUGGAACAGACAGUGUGGCUACCCCUGCCCUUAGUACCUACACUCCAGAGGAGAUGGUACAACAGAUGAAGGAACUAAUCACUGAGAACAAUGAGUUAAAAGAAGCCAUGAAGUUGCAUAACCAAGCUAUGAAGGACCGAUAUGAGGAGCUUUCCAUCUGGCGAGAGAAGCAGAAAGAAGAAAGAGAAUUUUUUGAGUCGAAGUUUAAGGAGGCUAAGCAGUGCUUGCUAGCCAAGUGCACUGAAAAUGAACAGCUACAGCAGCAGCUUCAGAGCUUAAAGGAAAAAGAAGUAGGAGCUGAAAGGGAGACCUGCACGGCUCUCGAGAAGGAAGUGAGUCAGCUGAAGUCCCAGUUGCAGCGGCUCCAGGCUGAGAAGGCAGAUCUGCUGGCUAUCAUUUCAGAACUGCACAUCAAGCUGAAUACGGCAUCAGCAGAGGAUUCCUUUGUGGAGAUUGCAAUGACUGAAGGAGAAAUUAAAAGAACUGCAAAGGAACAUCAAGAGAAUAGUGGCGAAAUGACCAGUAAUGUUGCUGUCUACAUCAGGAGCAAACCUGCAGAUGAAACUAAGAAUUUGGAGUCUCAGGAGCUAACUGUGAGCCAGCUGCUCUGCUGCCUUAGAAAUGAAACUCAGAAGAGGGAAGAACUUGAGAAGGACCUGCAGGAGCACAAGGAGAGACUGUCAAAGCUGGAGAAGGAAAGCAGCAACUGCCUGGAGAGUGGGACACAAACUGAACAGGAAGAGGAGAGUUCAGAGGCUGUUGGCAGUGAAGUAGAAGCCCUGAAUUUGCAAGUCUGUGCUCUGUUUAAAGAGCUUCAGGAAGCCCAUGAGAAAAUAAAAGAAGCAGAAUUGAUUCAGAAGAAGCUUCAAGAAAAGUGCCAAGUACUGGAAAGAAAGAGCUUGGCUGCUGCAGCAGAAGUGGAAGAGAAGCAGCAGCUAAUAUACACUGUCAAGAAGCUAGAACUUCAGGUGGAGAGCAUGCAGGCAGAGGUCAAGCUGGAACAAGCCAAGACACAUGAGGAGAAGGCAAGAUACAAUAGCUUGCAGGAUGCUUAUAGCAAAGUCCUUCCUCAACUCACUGAGGCAAUGAAAACAAUCGAUCAGAUGAAACUCAAAGAGCUGGACAGAGUGGAUAAAGUGGUGGUGGAGCAACUAACUGCAAAGGUGGAAUUGGCAGAACAAGCCCUUGCUGCAAAGCAGCUCCAGAUAGAUGAAAUGAAGCAGAUAAUUGCUAAGCAAGAGGAGGACCUUGAAACCAUGGCUGUGCUCCGUGCUCAGAUGGAGGUUUAUUGUUCUGAUUUCCAUGCUGAGAGGGCAGCCAGAGAGAAGAUCCAUGAGGAGAAGGAGCAGUUGGCUGUCCAGCUGGCACACCUGCUGAAAGAGCAGCAAAACCUGGAAGAUCUUAGCCGAAACCCUCUGGCAGAGAUGCAGAGUCGGCACGGAGCCAGGGCACUAGAUCGGGAGCACUCACCUUGCCUUGUCCGAAGAGGAACUGCUAGUCAACACUGGCCAGAGGAGCGAAAUAUCUCAAUAUAUUCAUGUCCCAAAUGUGAAGAAAUUCUACCUGAUCUGGACACACUGCAGAUUCAUGUUAUGGACUGCAUUAACUGAGUGAUGCCCUCCAGUUCUUAAUCUUCUGGAAUCUGACCUGCCAAAUACAUCCUGCUUGAAUAAAACUCAACUCUACAUCCCGUGAAGGAGGUUUUCAGUGGUUUUCUCAUGAAUCCAAUGGGAAAGGGUAAAAUUACUAUCCUGCUCUUUACUCACUGAUCUUGUUUUAAUCUGCUUUAGGAAAAUAAUUUUUAUAGGUUAACAUGGAUGUGUUAAAGCAGUUCCAGUGUGUCUGCUACUAUGAAAUACAGGAACAUUCCCCUGAUAUGAUCUGCUCGCAUGGCUAUCCUGCAGAAUGGAGCUAAAUCACUGAAGUCAGAAGAGGGAUGAGAUAGUUGUUGAGCAAUUAAAAGAACUGUGAGGCUGUAAAUACUUCAUCUCUCAUAUACCAUGUAUCAGGAAACUAAUAUGUUUAAAAGCUGUUUGAGAAGCUUUUAGCAAAAUGGAGUAGUGCUGCAUUCAUUGAGCCUUUGAAAUGAACCCUGCUCUUUCUCCAGAUAGCAGCCUUACUGCUACCCUUGUGACCAUACUAAUCAUAGAAUCCCAGACUGGUUUGGGUUGGAAAGGAUCUUAAAGAUCAUCCAGUUCCAACCCCUGCCACAGGCAGGGACACCUUCCACUAGAGCAGGUUGCUCCAAGCCCCUGUGACCAGCCUGGCCUUGAACACUGCCAGGGAUGGGGCAGCCACAGCUUCUCUGGGCACCCUGUGUCAGUGUCUCACCAAUCACAUAGUGAAGAGUUUUUUCCUAAUAUCUUACCCAAAUCUCCUCUCUUUCAGCUGAUGUUAAUCUGAUGUUAAAUUUCUGAUGGUUUAUGUAACUUCUUGCUUUAGUCAGAUAUGGUUAGGAUUUAAAACAGAUCAUUUGCGUCUGAUUUAUGUAGCUCCUGGUGUACCCAAGUCACUUGGUUUUAUAGAACUGUUCAUUUUUAAGGUGGUGUCUUGAUUCUUCUUUCUUAUAGUAACAGUUGAUUUGCACCUGUACAGUAUUGUGCUAGAAAGCGCUGAAAUGGAUGUAGCCUUAUUUAAUAAGAGAAGUAUAAUGGAUUUUCACAUCUCAAAAUAAAUCUAUUGCAAGGAUAAAAUUA